AUGUUGGUGUCACUCAUAAUAUGCUGGUAUGCUGUAGACAGUGGUGUAGCUAGUGAAGCUAGUGAAACUGGUGAAGCUAGUGAAGCUAGUGAAGCUGGUGAAGCUAGUGAAACUGGUGAAGCUGCUAGUGAAGCUAGUGAAACUGGUGAAGCUACUGGUGAAGCUGGCGAAGCUAGUGAAACUGGUGAAGCUAGCGAAGCUAGUGAAGCUGGUGAAGCUAGUGAAACUGGUGAAGCUGGUAAAGCUAGUGAAGCUAGUGAAACUGGUGAAGCUAGUGAAGCUGGUGAAGCUAUCGAAGCUGAUGAAGCUACUGGUGAAGCUAAUGAAGCUAGUAAGGCUGGUAAAGCUAGCGAAGCUGGUGAAGCUAGUGAAGUUGGUGGAGCUGGUAAAGCUAGUGAAGCUGGUGAAGCUAGUGAAACUGGUGAAGCUAGCGAAGCUACUGGUGAAGCUAGCGAAGCUGGUGAAGCUAGUGAAGCUAGUAAGGCUGGUAAAGCUAGCGAAGCUGGUGAAGCUGGUGAAGCCGUUGAAGCUGGUGAAGCUAGUAAAGCUGGUCGGGCUAGUGAAGCUGGCGAGGCUAGUGAAGCUGGUAAAGCUAGUGAAGCCAGUGAAGCUAGUGAAACUGGUGAAGCUAGCGAAGCUACUGGUGAAGCUAGCGAAGCUGGUGAAGCUAGUAAGGCUGGUAAAGCUAGCGAAGCUGGUGAAGCCGUUGAAGCUGGUGAAGCUAGUAAAGCUGGUCGGGCUAGUGAAGCUGGCGAGGCUAGUGAAGCUGCUGGCGAAGCUAGCAUAGCUGGUGAAGCUGGUGAAGCUAGCAAAGCUGCUGAAGCUAGUGAAGCUGGUGAAGCAGUGAAGCUGGUGAAGCUAGUAAGGCUGGUAAAGCUAGCGAAGCUGUAG